UCAAUUUAUCAGUGCAAUGUUUGUUCAGUUCAGUGAUUUCACCUUAGAAUUUUAAUUUUCCAUUUUCCCGUAACUUUUUGCCUCCGGCGGCUGUUCAAUUGUGCUAUUUGAUAUCUCCAGAAUUCCUAAUGGCUUACCAACCUGCGAUUGCUUCCAUCAUCCUUCCCAACCUUGGUGGGUGGGCUAACGGCCUAUACUUCGCCGGACAGAUCCGCAAGGACCCCGGCCAGAAGUCCUGGUACGAUGACCUGAAGAAGGCUCCAUGGAACCCUCCCAAGUGGGUGUUUGGACCCGCCUGGACUGUUCUUUACAGCGGCAUGGGUUACGCCUCCUACUUAGUUUAUGAAGAGUGCGGUGGAUUCGUAGACGAUGCAGUUUUGCCUUUAUCGUUGUACGGAGGCCAGCUGCUGCUUAACUGGUCGUGGACGCCCAUCUUCUUCGGAAUGAAAGACUUCAAACUGGCGUUCAUAGAAAUAUCUGUGCUGUCCGGCGCGGCUUUGGCGACCACCAUCGCUUUCUUCAACGUGAACAAAACCGCCGGCUGGCUGAUGGUUCCGUACCUCGCGUGGUUGGGAUACGCCUCAUCCUUGAACUACUAUAUCUGGAAGAACAACCCUAGCGGUGCCACCAUCAAGGAGAUUAAGGAUGAGAAGGCUAACUAAAGAUGAGUCCAGCACACGCCGUUUUAAUGUCUAGUUCAUUUAACUUAAGAUUGUUUUAUUAAGGCUUUUCACUACAAAGCAAUAUUCAACGAAAAAUUUCAUGUUCUGUAAAAAUCAGUCAAACGUUUGUCUGUCUUUGUCACUCACGUUUACGUCUCAGCAUGGGUGAGAGAGAUGGAUAGAGGCAAUAUUACAAAAUGCUUAUUUAAUAUUAAGUGAACAAAGGUCAUUAUUGAACGCUAAGUAUAAAUGUUAGUCGUUUAUAUGCAGACAGGUGGCGCUACCUCAAAGUUGGUGACACACUAGGGUCAAGAGAGAAAAAGGGAGAGAAAGUAAGGGAUGGGGAGAGCACACAAUGUAUCUCAAAUGUUCCACGUAGUUUUUGAUUGAUUUUCUGCAAAAACUCGCUUUAUUUUUCCUCCAGUGUGUCUCAGGCUUAACUUAACCCUUAAUCAGGCUCAAAAGAAGUCAUUAAUUUUCAACCGUAUCUUCUCAGCAUAAAUUUCAAAAUGAUGCGAGCUCUAUGGCCACCAGAGCCUGGUUAAGGGUUAAGAAAGAGGCGACAAAUCGUUUGACCUAAAACCAAAGCUAAAUAAAAAUUAAAAGUGUAAGGUUUUCUUGAAAAGUAUAAGAAUCAGCAUAAUUAUUUACAAUGUUAUUAUUGUUGUUUAGCUCAAAG